CGGAGGCGGAGCCCGCGUGUCCCGAUCGCCGCUCCGGGCACCGGGGAGCGCGGGCCCGCCGGCCGCGGCGGCACGAUGCUGCUGUUCGUGGAGGUAACAUCGAAAGGUGCUGGCUUGAACCCCAACGCAAAAGUGUGGCAAGAGGUGCCCCAGGGCAGUGCUGAGGCCGUGCCCCCCACCAAUGGCACAGAGCACACGUGGCAGGAGACAGCAGCAGCCCAGGGGACUCCAGCUGAGGGUAACGUAGAGAUCUCAGAGGACAGCUGCAAGCAGUAUGAAGUGAUGUAUUCCCCGUCCUGUGAAGCCACAAGGAAUGGCACAGGAGUUGAUGAGGCGUCAGCAAAUGGAAUUGUCCUGGCCACUGAAGAUCUGGGAUACCAAAUCUAUGAAGUGUCUGGUGAUGGCAGCUCCACUGUGUCCACAGAAGACAUUAGAGAAUGUUUGAGAAAACAGCUUGAAUUCUGCUUCUCUCGAGAGAAUCUUUCAAAGGAUCUCUACUUGAUGUCUCAGAUGGACAGUGAUCAGUUUGUUCCAAUAUGGACAAUUGCCAACAUGGAAGGGAUUAAGAAGCUGACAACGGACAUGGACCUUAUUCUUGAAGUUUUGAGAUCUUCUCCUAUGGUACAAGUGGAUGAAAGGGGGGAGAAAGUCAGACCAAACCACAAACGAUGCAUUAUCAUUCUCCGUGAGAUCCCUGAAACUACACCUAUAGAGGAGGUGAAGGCUCUGUUCAAGAAUGAGAACUGCCCCAAGGUGAUAAGCUGUGAGUUUGCUCACAACAACAACUGGUACGUUACAUUCCAGUCCGACACCGACGCCCAGCAGGCAUUCAAAUACUUAAGGGAAGAAGUGAAAACCUUUCAGGGCAAGCCAGUAAUGGCCAGGAUAAAAGCCAUCAACACGUUUUUUGCUAAGAAUGGUUACCGGGUGGUGGAUUCCAGUGUGUAUCCCCAGCCCGUGCAGACCCAAGCCCAGUUUGCCUCCCCCCUGUUUAUGCAGCCUGUAUAUAGCCCUCAGCAGUACUCCAUUUACAGCAUCGUGCCUCAGACGUGGUCUCCAAAUCCUGCACCUUACUUUGAGACACCACUGGCCCCGUUUCCCAACGGUGGAUUUGUGAACGGCUUUAAUACACCAGGAUCAUACAAAACAAAUGCUGCUUCUCUGAGUAUAGGUCGCCCAUUCCACAGGAAUCGGGUCAAGCCCCAUUUCCGCUCAUCCAGCAGCUCGGAGCACCCGGAGGGGCCGCCCGGCGCCGGGGCCCUGCCCAUGGGGGACCUGAGCAGAACCAGCUCCAGGAAUUUUGUCAUGGAGCGCCACAACAGCUCAUUAACGGGGCACCAAGACCAAGGGUAUUCCCAGAAGGAUUCUCCCACGGCACAGCUGGAGCAGAACGGCGAUUACGGCGUCGGCAGGGGCCGGAGGAACGUGUUCCGAGGUCGGAGGAGACGGGAGGACGACCGGGUUUCAAGACCUCAGCCUUCAGCAGAAACAAAGACUCAGACACCAAAGUUUGACUUGCUUGCAUCCAAUUUCCCACCUUUGCCUGGCAGCACAGCAAAAAUCCUGGGAGAGCCUGUGCUGGAGAGCAGGAUGUCUGACAUCGUUAAAGGAGUCUGCAAAGAGAAGGAAAGCAAAGACUCCCUGUGCCCCUGCCCUGCUCCUGCUCCAGAGGAACAAACGCCCAGCACUGCCCAACCUGCCGUGCCCAGCGUGAGCUCCCCGAGCCAGACUGAGCCUGUGGUGCUGAGCACGGUUCAGCCAGAGAGCAAACCAGAGGAAUUGUCUGCUCCAAAGGACGUGGCCAGCCCGGCUUCUCCGCCGGCAUCCGUCUGUCCCGUCAGUGCUGCAAAGCCACCGAGGACAAACAGCUCCUCACCUUCUGCUCAAGCAAGUGCAGCUCCUGCCCUGUCAACACAGGAGCCUCGCAAGCUCAGCUACGCCGAAGUUUGCCAGAAGCCCCCAAAGGAGCCGCCUGCAGUCCCCGUGCAGCCUCUGAGGGAGCACCGCACCAACAUCGUGGCCCCUGCCAAGAGCGAAGAGAACGGUACGGCCGAGAAGGCUCCGGAGAAGGCUCCUCACGAGAGGCCCGAGGGGAGAGUGAAGGAUUUCUGCGGCUUCCGCGGCAGCGGGGCUCCCAGGGGAGCUGGCCAAAAUCAGGGAACAGAGGCGCCAGUUUGGACGCAGAUCUUCGCCUCAGGGAGCGCCGCGCCGCGCCGGCAAGGAGCAGUUCGUGCCACCCCGGUCACCAAAGUAACGCUGGGCCAGCCAAUGUCUCUGUUUCACUUGAGCUGUGGACUAAAGAGCAGCAGAGAGACUGAGGAGGGAAGGAUUCAGGAAGGGGAGUAUUGAACUGGAGCGUGGCUUGUGUGGAGAAGUUGUGGAGGGUCCCAAAAUUCAUCUCUAAAAGUGAUUUCACAAAUGCUGGAGGAUUCCAAUCACUAUAAAUAUAGAGAUUAUAAUUUUUGUAUUUUUGUUUUUAAUUUGCAGAGGGUUUCCUGCUUGAAAUCAGCUUUGGGAUUGUGAAAGUAGCGUUUUGACAAAGUGAAAGGAUAUGAGUUGACAAAUUAACCUGUCCCUCAGUGUAGGAGGAAAAGGAUAAGAGAAUAUUAUUUUUGGAAAAUGAGCAUUUCUGUAAAAUUAGGACUUUUUUUAACCUAUUUAACGUUUGGCUUGUGGGCUGGUGUGUCUGCCAUGGAUGGCCUGGCAUUGCAGAGGCCUCUGCAGCAGUGUGAUCACAGCAAGUGCAGCCAGACCUGUUGUCAUCACUUAGUCACUGAUGAUGAAAACUGAAUGUACUACUGUAGUGUAACCCAUGUGUUUCCAGCUUGAAGUAGAGUCUCUUGACCUUACUAAUAUUUCAUUCAGCAAGCUUGUUAAGGUAUAACUUUUGCAGGAUACUGGAUUGUAGGUGAGAGUGUGUGGACAGCAGAAAUUGUCUCGUAGACGCAGUGGAAGGAGGCAAAGGGAGCAUGUGAGAAUCUUUAUUAUGCCCUUUUUGCUCGCCUCCUUUUGAGGGCAACUCCUUAGGUUUGGGGUUUUGUUUGUUUGCUUUUUCCCUCUCUUGUUACUUUCUCUAAUUUCUUUAUUACAGACUUUAGUGCAUUUUUCUGGGUGUGUUUUCCUGAGGCAGCCCCAGGGUAGGUGGGCAGGUGGUGUUACCUGCACAGGUAAGGAGCCUGGAACUGCAGCUGCAGAUGCUGAAUUCUGCCUUGCAGGUGGGAACUCUGGGCACUCGCUGUCAUCUCUGGAUGACUGGGCAGCAAACCAGAGCUGUGGCUGGCUUUUCUCUGUGCUGACUCUGGAACAGGCUCUUGGCUGCUGUAUUGCCAGAAAUCAGGGUUGAGACUCCUGGGAACUCGUUGUUUACAGCUGAUGUCAUAGCAACUGACUCUUUUUAACUGUUUAAAGUGGAACUAAAGAUGCAGAGUUAAGGAAAUGCCCUCUGGAGCAGUGGCUCCUUGCCAGCUGUGUGCUGACUGAAUUUGCAACACUAUUGUGCAGUAAGUGGUUAAGUUUCAGGGUGAUUAAUGACCGAAAUAGGAACAUUCAGCGCAUUAAUCUGCCAAAAUCAGCAUACCAGGGUUCAAAGUUCUGUAUAAAGCGUUAGGGAAAAGUAGCUUCCAGCAGUAAGAAUCACAUCUUUAUUUUUUCCUCUUUUUUUUUUUUUUUUUUAGU